CCUCUCCGGCCCGCGCCGCCCGAGAGUCAGUUCGCUGCGGCCCGCGGUCCCCAACCUCGGCGCGCGCGAUGGCACACGCGACCCCGCCGAGCGCGCUGGAGCAGGGCGGCCCCAUCCGCGUGGAACACGACCGCCAACGCCGCCAGUUCUCCGUGCGCCUCAACGGAUGUCAUGACCGGGCUGUCCUGCUCUAUGAGUAUGUGGGCAAGCGGAUCGUAGACCUGCAGCACACAGAGGUUCCAGAUGCUUACCGUGGGCGUGGCAUUGCCAAGCACCUGGCCAAGGCCGCCCUGGACUUCGUGGUGGAGGAAGACCUGAAGGCUCACCUCACCUGCUGGUAUAUCCAGAAAUACGUCAAGGAAAACCCCCUGCCACAGUACCUGGAGCGCCUACAGCCAUGACCCUGGCCACUGUGUGCAGGAGUGCACCCUGUGGGCCUUCCACGUGGGCCUCAGCCAGCUCAUGUGCUCUCAGGAACCUGUUCCCAUGGGGACAGGCUCAGAGUUAUUUUUGCAAGGACACUCAUCUGCAGCCCUCAUCCAGAAUUCUGGGGACCAGCUGCUGGCUGAGGAUGUGUGCAUAUCCAGAGUGGAAUGAAGGACAGGCCAAGUGGCCAAGACCCUCUUCCCACAGAGGUCUGGCUUUGCUGAGGUUCUUCUUCCACCAGCCGCACAUCCCGUCUAGCCUGGCUACUGGGUCCCUGCUCAGAUCAGCAAGAGGGUGAGGUAGAGUCCCCGCCACCACGUCCUGGAGCUGUGUCCUUCCUGCAAAUGAGGAGGGCGUUCCUGGAGCCAAGAAGAACAACAGGAACCCUAUGUGCCAGCUUCCCAAGGAGGGGGUGCCAAGCCUUAGCCACUGCCAGUGUAACCCUUUCUCUUUCUCAGACUUGCGUGCCCUGGCACAGACAGUGGAACGGCAGCAGAGAGCACGCUCCUGGUGUGUGAGAGCUGUGCCCCCGGCCCGUCUGUGGGCAUGCACGAGCACAGAAACAGGGCAGGUGACAGUGAAUGCCUUCCUCUCCUUGGUUACCCACACUGUCUGUCUGGGUUCUGUAAAGAAACAUGAUCCUUGGCUGAGGGUCUGCUUUCCCAUGGA